CUCCUCUCCCUCGGCUGGGCGGGUGCACUGUUGAAAAGUAAAAUAUCUAGGAAGAAGCAUUCAGUCUGGUCAUCACCUUCAUCAUCUCUGCUUCUAAAUAUGUGACCUAACCUGACAACGAUCGAGAGAUUAUCACUGUAGAUCACCGUAGGCGGUCCGCUGUCAACAGAAACUACAGAGAAGAAAGAAUAAGUCAGUCAUGGUCGCUUUAACAUGGCCGCCAUUCGUGGCUUUGUUCACAUGUUCAUGGAUCUUUGUUCUGUGUCAAGAGACACAGGAGCUGAAGGUGAAGCCUGGAGAGGACGCCACUCUUCAGUGUCAGAGUCACAGAGGUGCUACCAUAGAAAUGAUAAAGUGGAUCAGAACUGACCCGAAGUCAGAUGAUAUUUAUGUCUUCUACUUCAGAGAUGGCCGCUCAUAUGAAAACUACCAGCAUGAAUCUUAUCGUGGUCGAGUGGAGCUGAGAGAUCCAGAGAUGAAGGACGGAGACGCUUCUGUGAUUCUGAAGAACGUCAACAUCAACGACACUGGAACAUAUGAGUGUCGGAUUAAAGACAGAAACAAUCCAGGCAAAGUUGAAGUCAUCAACGCCAUCAGUCUGACAUCAGUGACAGAGCCAGGUCACACAGCUGGACACAAGGAGGGAGGAGACGAGGAGGGAGGAAACAAGGAGGGAGGUGACAAGGAGAGAAAUGUUGGACUGAGAGUCGGUCUGCCAGUUUGUGUGAUUCUUCUUCUUCUUCUUCUUGGUGUUGGUGGUUUUGUGAUCUUUAAAAAAUAUAACAGACCCACAGGGAAUCAACAACCUGCUAUAAACGGAGAGGAACUGCAGAACCUGCAGAGAGAUUAAGAGACCAGAUGCAGCAGAUGAGAAUUAGUGAGGAUCCAGACUGAAGUCACUCUGGUUACUGUGGGGAGCAGUGAUUGGUCGUUACUCUCUGGCUGCUGAUUGGUGGACUGAACGUGCUGCUGGACAGAAGAAACACAUUCCUCCUGUAAAAUAAACCUGAGCUGUUGACACACGUCUGAUUUCACCUGGAGGCAGGUUAAUGCCAGAUGGGCUGACUGACCAGCAGCUCUGUGGGACAAACAAUAUGACCUGAUGCUGGAACAGCCAGCUGAUUGUUUAUUACAGGAAGUGGUACAGACCGUCGGCACCUCCCCCCACCCCUUCAAGUGGAUCCAUCCAUCCAGGUAGAGUCAGAGGUCAAAUCAAAUUAAACGGGUAAAAGACCAAAAAAGUGAAAAGUUCAGAGAGAAAAGAAUCAUAAUCUCAGGUCUGAAGCUGCAAAAUGUUUUAAAUCAACAGUUACUGAUGUCAGUGCCGCUCAACAUCCUGCUAGCUGCAGUUAUAACACUAACAGUCUGUUCUGGAUGACGGAGCUGGACUUUGUUCCCAGUCCGACCCUGAAGAGCUCAGUCCCUGUAGUUCACUCACCGACCUGCAUCAGAGGGGAAAAGAUCCUGUUUGGAUUCACUGCAGCUCUGUUUUCCUGCAUGAGGACAUUUUUCAUCGUCUUCUCUGAGAGCUGCUCAGGAACUCUGACUGUGAAAUGUUCUUAGACAACAAUACAGAUAAUUAAUACUUCAAGUACAUUUUCCUGAUUGUACUCUUUCUCUUGGACUUUUACUUCAGUAACAUUUUCAAUGCAGGACUUGUAUUUAUUUAGUAGUGUGUUAUGGGUACUUUUACUUUAGUUUCUGUAUACUUGAUCCACAACUGCUUUUCUCAGUCUGUAACAAAAGGAAACUAAUGAUCUUGGUUAUUUCUCCUGUAACCAACUUUCUGAUGCUGAACUGAUUUCUGCUGCAGAGACAUGAGGCUGUGAUGUGUCUGUUUCUGACAGCGUCCACUGUUGGCAGAUAUUUAUGUAUCUUUGACUUUAAACACAAUUUAAAACUAAAGUCAAAAUGUUACUUGAGUCAGAGUACAGAUCCAUGAUGUUGGUAAAACUGUAUCUAUGUGUUGAAUGUAGGUAUGUAGAAUCUUAAUCCACAGAGUACGUGCAUGUUUUUAUUUCACACAAUCAAAGCUGUUGAUCCUGUUAAUGUUGCUUGGAGCUGGAUUCAAAAGCAGCUCAACCAAAACCCUCCUGAGCUUCCAGGCAGCCGUCCGGCUAUCAGGUUACAGACAGCGAGCGUUAUGUCCUCAUUUUAAAACCAUGAAGCUGACAGUCCAGUCUGACUCUUUAUUUACAUUCUAACAGACUUUAAAUCAGUUAUUUGUUGACCUUUGAGCAGCUUCCUGCCUUUAGAGCAGACGUAACCAAAAGUCAGUAAAGUCAAUAAAACAGGAUUAUGAACUUUCUUUAACUGUAACUUUGUAGCUGAGAACUGAAAGUGAACUCUGAAGGCUCUAAAUGUCUGGACCUGUUUGUAAUCAGAUAAUAACAUGGAGGGACUUUUAGAGGGCAGAGUUUGCUAUGAAGCAGCUCUGAGCUCAUUUUGUCUUCACCCCCCUCUUAGUCAGGAUGUGAGAUCAGUUCUUCCUCGUUACUGUUGGCUGGUAGAAACUGACUGCUGCUCUUUUAUUCAGGGUUUAAUGUUCUCCAGUGCUGUGCCGGCGUUUUAUAUUGUAAAGAAACACACUCAGAUAACUGCUUCUACGCAAUACCUGCAUUACAUUUAAAUAAACUUGUUCUUACUGCCACACAAA